CGUUUAUUUGAUUACGGAGUUUGUAUGUACUUCAGACUAUUGUGGGGUAAUAACAUAAAAAAAACAAAAUAAGGGGGCAUAUUUGUGAUUCUACAAACUACCUAUCACUAAACCACAUUAAACUCUCUCUCUCCCUCUCUCUUCUCUAAAGAGAUUCGAAGAAAUUUACAGAGAGACAAAAAUGGCGAUAAAGAAACUGUUGAUGAUCUCCUUCUCUCUUACUUCACUCCUCUUCUCUCUUCUCUACAUCAUCCCCACGACCAAGACUCUAUUCACUUCCUCAAAAAUCCCUUCUUUACCCCUCGAAUCCAACCAAAACUCCAACUCUACCCUCCCCUGUUUUGCUUACCUAAUCUCUGCAUCCAAAGGCGACGCCGGAAAACUCAAACGCCUCCUCCGAUCUCUCUACCACCGUAGAAACCAUUAUUUGAUCCAUCUAGACUUGGAGGCACCCGAGGAAGAGCAUUUGGAGAUGAUACGGUUCGUAGCCGGAGAGCCUCUGUUUCAGCCGGAAGGUAAUGUAAUGAUCGUUGGAAAACCGAAUCUGGUGACUUACAGAGGACCAACGAUGCUUGCGACGACGUUACACGCAAUGGCUUUGCUCUUGAGAUGUUGUCGGUGGGAUUGGUUCAUUAAUCUUAGUGCUUCUGAUUAUCCUCUCGUCACACAAGACGAUCUGAUCUAUGCAUUUUCUGAGUUGCCUAGAGAUCUCAACUUCAUACAGCACACGAGCCGAUUAGGAUGGAAAAUGUUCUGCUUGGACAUUCCUAUCAAGACCGUUCGCAGAAUAUUGUAUAAUAGGUUAUGACAACUUACCAAGAACACUGCUUCUCUACUACACAAACUUCGUUUCAUCCCCGGAAGGCUAUUUUCAGACGCUUAUAUGCAACUCGGAUGAGUUCAAGAACACGACCGUGAACCACGACCUCCAUUACAUCGCGUGGGACAAUCCGCCAAAGCAGCACCCCAAGAUAUUAGGGACAAGGGAUUACAGAAAGAUGGUAAUGAGCAACCGACCAUUCGCUAGGAAGUUCAAGAGCAAUGACCCCGUUCUCAAUAGGAUAGACCGGGAGAUUCUGAGAAGGAAACGGAAACUUGGGUCGAAACCCGAUCUUGGUCCUGGUCCGGGGGCUAGAAGAUUGAAGAGUUUACUAAUGAGGCUUUUGUUGAGAAGAAACUUUGUCAAUAGACAAUGUAGAUAGGAAGUGUGACUUACACAGCUCUAUAUGGAGAUACUUUUUAUUUUGAUCUUAUUCUUUCUUGAAUAUUUUUUUGGGGGGUUGGUGUUUGUUCUUUAGUGAUUCAUAAGGGAAUAAAUAACGAAGAAUUUACAUAUAAUGUGUUGGCCUGGUUUGGCUUUGGACUUCAAUCAAAGUCAUUAGCAUGUUUAGAAUGUCUGGUGGGCUAGAUUGUGAUACUCCAUAACCAUGUUAUAAAGCUUUUCCCCAAUUUGAUCUUUAUGAAAAGCGUAUAAUUACAUGCUUUCUAUGGGCUAAGAAAAACUGAAGAGUUUUGUUU